AUGAAGAAAGUAGUAUUAUUCAAGAGUGAGUCGGAAGACUAUGUGAAAGCAUUUCACGAGUGUAAUUACAGAACUGUGUUUGUGGAGCCGCUGCAGUUCGAGUUUACUUGUAAACAAGAAUUGACAGAAAAACUUCUUCAGAAUUACACAGGCAUUGUAUUCACAAGUCCAAGAGCCAUUGAAGCAGUCUCCAAAUGCUGGGAUCCGACACGGUUUGUGAUAUGGAACAGAAAAAAAGUUUACACAAUAGGUGAUGCUAGUUGUCACAAGAUUAAGCUGCUGCUUGGGUUAGAAGCAUUGGGUAUGUCUUCAGGAAAUGCUGAAAAUCUAGCUAAACUGAUUGUUCAAGAAAAUCCUGCUAACUCCAGGUUUUUAUUUCCAUGCGGUAACCUGAGAUCUGAGGUUUUGCCAACUAUUUUACAGUCAUCUAGCAUCUCAGUUGAUCCACUGACUGUGUAUGAAACAACAGAAAACAAAAAUCUAAGAACAGACUUGAUGGAACUUAAUAAGUCAGACUGUCCAUGCUGCAUGGUAUUCUUCAGUCCAUCUGGAUGUGAGUACAUACACCGCCAGCUACAGACCUUCAGCAAUGUUCUGUCAGAGUUGCCACACUUUGCUAUUGGCAACUCGACUGCUUACAAAAUUGAGAAUCUUGGAGUUGAAGUAGCUGGGAUUGCAGCCACCCCAAAGGCAGACAGCCUGGUAGAGUCCAUACAAAAAUAUUUUGCAAAUGCAUAG